AUGUUGGCUUUCAGAUCAUUGAAGACUAACAGUUUGAAGACCUCUAUUAGAGCUUUAUCAUCAACUUCUCUUAGAUUGAGUAACAAUUACGAACACCCUGACUUCUCUCACUAUGUUAACAACAAGUCAGAAACUCACAACAGAAACAUUUCGUAUUUUAUGGUGGGUUCAUUAGGUUUAUUGAGUGCUGCUGGUGCCAAGUCCACUGUUGAAGCCUUUUUGUCUUCUAUGUCAGCUUCUGCCGAUGUUUUGGCUAUGGCUAAGGUUGAAGUCAAGUUGAGCGCUAUUCCUGAAGGUAAGAAUGUUGUUGUUAAGUGGCAAGGUAAGCCAGUUUUCAUCAGACAUAGAACUCCUGAAGAAAUUGAAGAAGCCAAUGAUGUUGAUAUUUCAAGUUUAAGAGACCCUCAAACUGAUAGCGCUAGAGUUCUUAAGCCCGAAUGGUUGGUCAUGUUGGGUAUUUGUACUCACUUGGGUUGUGUUCCAAUUGGUGAAGCUGGUGAUUUUGGUGGUUGGUUCUGUCCUUGUCACGGUUCCCACUAUGAUAUCUCUGGUAGAAUUAGAAGAGGACCAGCUCCUUUGAAUUUGGAAAUUCCUCAGUAUGAAUUCAGUGACGAAGAAACCUUGCUUGUUGGUUAA